UGCUGGGUUCUGUCUGCCGCUGUCGUGUUGGAGUGAAGAGAGAACAUGAGGAGUAGAGGAGGGGAACAGAAGAGUCCGACCUGAGGAGGAGAAAAGAUUCAGGAUGUCAGGUGACUGGUCCGUCCUGAGGUCGUCAUCACUGGCUCCACCCACCAGCCCUGUAGCCCAACUCCCUACAAACACCUCCCAGUACCACCCUCUCUCAGACUGGGAGGCUCCCAGUUUCACCCGGGCCGCUCAGUUCCGUGUUGGAGCCACCUUGGUCCUCUUCGUGUUCGCGGCCUGCAGUAACCUGGCCCUCUUGGCCAGUGUGUGGCGUGGCCGGCGACUGGCGUCUCACUUGCGGCCACUAAUGCUGAGCCUGGCGUCAGCUGACCUGAUGAUGACCUUCGUGGUGAUGCCUCUGGAUGCGGUGUGGAACGUGACGGUGCAGUGGUACGGAGGCGACGUUCUCUGUAAGCUGCUCUGCUUCCUGAAGCUGUUCGCCAUGCACGCCUCCGCCUUCAUCCUCGUCGUCAUCAGCCUUGACCGGCAGUACGCCAUCCUGCACCCACUGGACGCUCUGAGCGCCCACCACAGGAACCGACGCAUGCUGCUGCUGGCCUGGAGCCUGAGCCUGCUCCUCGCAUCACCUCAGCUUUUUAUCUUCAGGGCGGUCAGGGUGGAGGGCGUAGAGUUCACUCAGUGCGCCACCCAUGGCAGCUUCAGCCGCCGCUGGCAGGAAACAGUUUACAACAUGUUUCACUUCACCACGCUGUACGUCGUCCCCCUGCUGGUGAUGAGCUGCUGCUACAGCCGGAUACUGCUGCACAUCCACCAGCAACACCUGCGGGAUAAAGCAGGUGAGUCGUACCUGCGGCGCAGCGGCACUGACAUCAUCCCGAAGGCUCGAAUGAAGACUCUGAAGAUGACAGUGGUCAUCGUGCUGUCCUUCAUAGUGUGCUGGACUCCAUACUACCUGCUGGGGAUCUGGUACUGGUUCCAGCCCGACAUGCUGCACAUCACACCUGAGUAUGUCCACCACGCCCUCUUCGUGUUUGGGAACUUGAACACCUGUUGUGACCCCGUCAUCUACGGCUUCUACACGCCAUCCUUCAGGGCCGACGUCGCUGCCUGCUGCCGCUGGACGGCAAGCGGCGCCGACACCUCGCCACGAUCCCCGGACCGACUGUCCAUCGGCCGGGGUCCUCACAGCGGGGACCACGAGUCCGAGCCCGCCGCCAACAACCAGGCAGGAGACUGA